GGAUCAGUUAGAGAACGGCAGCCAUUGAAGAAAGCCGAGCCGUUGGUCCGUGCUCCGGAGUUUCUGAAUUUUUUUUUCUUUAGUCAGUCUAAAACAGUGCAGAAAUCACCAACAAAAUGGAGAUGAAGAAGAGGAUCAGUUUAGAGCUGAGGAACAAAACUCCAGCGGAGGUAGCAGAGCUGGUGGUAGAUAAUUGCCGCUCAAGUGAUGGUGAGAUUGAAGGCCUGACAGAUGAGUUUAAGGAACUGGAGUUCCUCAGCAUGGUCAACGUGGGUCUCACCUCCCUGGCCAAACUACCCACACUGCCAAAAUUGAGGAAGUUGGAGCUGAGUGAUAAUAACAUUUCAGGGUCACUGGAGACACUUGCAGAGAAAUGCGCCAACCUGACUUAUCUUAAUUUGAGCGGCAACAAGAUCAAAGAACUCAGCACACUGGAAGCCCUGCAAAACCUAAAGAACCUGAAAAGUUUGGAUCUGUUCAACUGUGAGAUCACCACGUUGGAGGACUACAGGGAAAGCAUCUUCGAGCUGCUGCCGCAGGUCACAUACCUGGACGGCUUUGAUGCAGAAGACAAUGAAGCUCCAGACUCUGAAGCUGAUGAUGAUGAUGAUGAUGAAGAUGGCGAGGAAGGAGCAGGGCAGCUGGGAGAUUAUGAGGAAGAGGAGGAGGAGGAGGAUGAGGAAGGCUCAGAGGGAGGAGAAGUUGGACUUUCCUACCUUAUGAAAGAGGACAUUCAGGAUGAAGAAGAUGAUGGUGACUAUGUAGAAGAGGAAGAGGAGGAGGAAGGAGAAGAAGAGGAGGCAGAUGUUCGAGGAGAGAAGCGAAAGAGGGACGCAGAGGAUGAGGGUGAAGAUGACGAUGAGGAUGACGACUAACCCUUUGUUCGACGACUUGGAAACAAUGUUCAAGGUGUAGAUCAAGCCUGAUAAAGACUGUGAUCUUGCAGAUUGUUUUUUUCUCUUUGUAAAACCAUAGAUAAAUCACUGUAGAGGCUAAGUGUUUUCUUUUAUAAAUGCAUUAUAUAUUACACUAUAUAAAAGGGGUUUAUUGAUGAUUCAUUUAUAGCCAUUCCAAGUUUAUUCCCAACAUGUAAAUCGGUGUCAUCAGGGGGGUGGCAUGAGCGUGAGAUUUGAGAUUUGCCGAUUGUUAAUAAGCUGUUGAACAGCCCAUUCGAGACAGAGCUAGGAUUUCACCACUGAGAGAAGACAGCAGCGUACCUCUGCUCCCCAAGACCUCUGUGAGGAGGCAGAGCGUUUCCUGCUCCUCAUCUACCUCUCCAGGUCUCAUUCUCAGCCCAAACACAGAGCAUCAAGCCAGUCAUCUCCAGCUUCAACCCCUUUGUUCCUGGAUCAAUCAAUCGCUGCCAAGAAUCUUGUCACACUCUUUAUAUGAGAUGGUCUCUACUUGAUUCAGCUUUUCUUGUAGAUCGGGCUCACGUAGGUCGACCAGAUGGUGUGUGAUCUCGUGAAUUUUAAAGCGUGAUGUAUGUAAAUGUGAUGUAAAUUGAGCAAAGAUGGGGGGGGUCAAGCUGUAGGUUGGCAAAAUCAAAUUUCCGUUUUUAAUCCCAAAGUAGUUUUUUAAUAAAGAGAUCAAUCAUGUGUAACCUAUGAGCAGUUCGCCCUUCUGAGUCACUUAUUUUUGACAAGAUGUCAUCUUAGAUGUUAAAAUUGAGAUUUGUUAAUUUUUAAGAGAAAUGCCAUUGCUGGAAAUUUCUCAUGAUGUUCAGGUUUAACAGCUUUGUUGGAUUAAACAGUACCCUUGAGUACCUUUCUACCUUUGUCUUGCUGUGGAAACAGGUUAAGUUUCUACCUUUUGUUGGGGUAUUUCACAGAGUAAUACCUUUUAAUCUAAUGUUCGAAUGGCAAUAUGUAUAUAGUAUCUGUUUCAACAGGUUGUUUUAUUUUCCUUUAAUUUUUUUAAUUAGUCUGUUUGGUCAGUUGUUUUAAUACAAGGCACAUGUUAAAGGACUUACAUACAGGUCACCCAUUUAAAUUUCAAGUACUUGGUUGUUGUGCGAGUGUUGUAUUUGGGGUUUUAUGUGCUGUAAACCUCUUUCUAAAAGAAUUUUAGUUUUGUUGGUUUUUGAUGUUUUGUUUUAAUGGUUUAGGGGGUUUUUUUUCUGUUAGAUUUUUUAAGUUUGCAAGCUUUUUUGUCCAAUAAUGAGUUCGAAUUUGAGUUAGUUGUAAUGAAUGAGUGAAUUGUUUUUUUUUUGUUUUUUUUUUUUUGUUUUUUUUAAUGACAUGGGAUGUUCCGAGAUGGACCCCUUGUCUGCUAAAGAGUUCCGUAAUUUGAUGCAAUUUGGGAUUUUCUCAAACAGACCUAUGAACUGUCUGGAAGCCUCAAACAUCGGUGAAGAAGCACUGUCUCUUUAAUGUCUCCAGAGUUGAUGAUAGAAAAAUGUGCAGUGGUGUUUCAAUCCUUUUUUUAGAUAAAUUUUGGAAGAUUUAUAAAAACCCUUACAAUAAAUGCAACCUGGUGUAAGUUUGAUGUGGAAAAUAAAGGAAAGACCUUUCACCAUAA